AUGAAUACUAACGCUAUCCAGGAGGUGCGCAAAUACAGCGGUGACCUCAAGACGGACGACUUGGCCACCCACAGCCACCUGGACGUCGAAAUCCAGUACCACAUGCGCCUCUUCAGGGCACAGCGCAACUUCUACAUCUCUGGUCUCGCGCUCUUCCUGUUCCUGGUGCUGCAGCGCCUGGUGACGCUCGUGCUGCACCAGGCCUCGCUGGAGGCCUCCAACGAGGCGGCGCUGCGCCAGGCGACCAGCGCCAGCAGCGCCGCCCAACGGCUGUUGGAGGGCCGCGACCCCGGCUCGGGCGGCGACGACCUGAGGGCGCUGCGGCAGCAGCUGGAGGAGGCGGAGGGCGAGCGUGACGCGGCCCUGAAGAAGGCCGAGAUGCUGCAGUGCCAGGCGGAGGCCACCAGCCGCGAGUACGACCAGCUCAUGGAGGAGCACGCCCGUCUCCAGAAGCAGACGGCCGCCGGCGACAAGAAGGACGACUGAUCGGCGGGCGGCGCACGUGCCGCCGCCG